UUUCUAUUGUCUAUUCAAUAAAAAUAUUUUCAUUAGUUAUUAUUAAGUAGAUAAAAAUUUGAAGCACCUGCGAAUAAUUAAUUAUUUAUAACUGAUAAAGGUUUACGAGUUAUAUUUAUGUAUAUAUAUUGGAGUCGGACAGCAACUUAGAAUUCCAGUUUUUGUUACGGUAAAAUCGUGAACAAAUAACGUUAGUAAAAUAGCCGUUUUAUAGUCUUCGAGUCGUUAAUUUCGCGUGGGUGUAGAAUUUGUUAAAUCGUUUGUAGUUUGGUCGAAAUGAUCCCGAUCAGCGCCGCGUUUUUCGCGCUAGCAGCCCUAAAAGUGGCUGUUUGCUUAGACAACGGCCUCGCCAGGACUCCUCCGAUGGGCUGGAUGCACUGGCAGCGUUUCCGGUGCCUCGUCGACUGCGACAUCUACCCCGACGAAUGCAUAAGUGAAAAAUUAUUCCGCGCCAUGGCCGACCACAUGGUCUCCGAUGGUUACCUAGCGGCUGGUUACGAGUACGUCAUGAUCGACGAUUGCUGGGCUGAUAAGGAGCGAGACGCGAAGGGCAGGCUCCAGCCCGACCCCGAUCGGUUCCCCAGCGGCAUAAAAAAUCUCUCCGAUUACAUUCACGGUAAAGGGUUGAAAUUCGGCAUGUACGCCGACUACGGGCUGCGCACUUGCGCCGGGUACCCCGGCAGCUUGCUCUAUCUCGAACGGGACGCCGACACCUUCGCCGAAUGGGAGGUGGACUACCUGAAGUUCGAUGGGUGCUACUCGGACUGGCAGUUCAUCGACAAAGGGUACAUUCAGAUGGGGAAAUACUUGAACGCCACUGGACGACCGAUUGUCUAUUCCUGCAGUUGGCCCGCUUACCAGGAACCCAACGGGAUGCAGUCGAAUUACACGAGCCUGGCGGAAACGUGCAAUCUCUGGAGGAACUGGGACGACAUCGACGAUGGAUGGAACAAUGUUACAGAAAUCCUGGACUGGUUCAGCUCUAAUCAGGACAGACUAGCCCCGUUCUCGGCACCCGGGCAUUGGAACGACCCCGACAUGCUCAUAAUCGGAAAUUACGGAUUGAGCUUGGAGCAGAGCAAAGCUCAAAUGGCCAUUUGGUCCAUAAUGGCGGCCCCGCUUAUCAUGUCCGUGGAUUUGAGGACCAUUCGGCCGGAGUUCCGUGAUAUUCUGCUAAACCGGGACGUCAUAGCCGUGAAUCAAGACCCGUUGGGCGUCAUGGGCAAAUUAAUUCUAAAACGAAAGAACAUCGACAUUUGGACUAAGCCUUUGAGCGAUACUGCCGAUGGGAGAAGUCGAGUGGCUAUCGGCCUGAUGAGUCACAGGGUCGACGGGUACCCUUACAGGAUCGGCUUCACGCUGGGUGAAUUGAACAUCACCAGUCCCCGCGGUUUCAAUUUGAAGGAUUUGUUCGACGAAAACCUGAAACACCCCGUAUAUUCUGACAGCGAGAAGAUCUACGUGAGAGUCAAACCGACAGGUGGUACUUUAUUAGUGGCAACUUCACUGAAGUAAUCUUUUAAUUAGUUUCGUAAUUAAUAUUUUUUGUAACAAUUUUUUUAAAUAAAAACGACCUUUUGAUAACAAAUACUUUUAAUAGAUCCUAUAAUGAACUACACAAAAUAAAUAUGUUAUAAUACACUGGUAUAUUUUUUCUAAAUAUAAAGCUAUCAAUUAAAAUAAAAUUGCACCUUUAUUCGUAAUUAGAAUAAAAUAAAAUUCAUCCGUCCUUCGCAUUGUCUAACAACUUUGGCAAAUGGGAGAAUUUGCAAAUUACAAAUCGAAUUGACUUAAUAGAAUUAUUAAUAACAAACUGUGCUUAAUUUAUAAAUUUGUCAAUGGCGAUGAAAAUUUCUUAAUAUGAAAGUUUCGAACUUUCACCAAAUUACAGGCACUUUUUAAUAGAAAUUGAGCUUCCUACAAUAUUUACUUCUCCAUUAAGUUGGGCUUAUACAUAAUACAUUUUUUCCAUCACAAAAUUUCAUUCUCCAUUAUGCGCCCAAAAAAUGUAUUAGCUACAAUUUGAAUACCAUCCGAACCUCUAAAUAAAUACUAACAAGUAUACGAUUAAAAUUUAAGCAAAUACUAGGAAUAUCCGUUGAUCGCGAUUGGUACCCGCUCGUAGAACCUCCUGUGCUUCUCGUCGACUCUGCUCAAAUAAUAAGUACCCGGAAAGAAGCUCUCGAUGCUGCUCACAGGCUCGUAGGGCGCUCGGUGACAGGUCUCUUGUCUCAAUUCCAAGUUCUGCUCAAACUUCAAGGGAGCCACUUUCUGUCGAUUGUCCAAGUUUCUCUGUACGCCCGUCAAGUUCGAGAGUAUUUUAACCAGGGCGUCGUUAUUCUUGACUGUUAUGGAGUACAUGGAAGAGGCCAAUCCGGAGCCGUACGAAAACAAAGCGAUUUUGUUGCCGGUCAAUUCUUGCAAAGUUUUAGAUUGCAGUAACGAAAUAAGUCCUCCGUAUAACGAAGCCGUGUACAUAUUUCCUACUUGAGCCGCUACUAGUAGAGACGGUUUGGUCUUGUCUACGAACUGUUGCUUGCUCACUUCAACGAACGCCUUUUCCACAUCCCUGUCGAAAUAGGUGUCUUCUAAUUUGAUUUUUCGGUACUUCUCAAGAUCGGAAUUCUGGUUCGGUUUGUCUAAAUAGUCUAUCAGAGCCAUUCUGGCUACGCUCUUUUGCACGAGCUUGCAGUACGGCGAGUGGAACAGCACCGCGUCGAAACUGUCCAAAUUAACGUCGAUCUUCUGCUUAUCGGCCACCUUUUUCUUGUACAACUUGUAGCACUCGUCCAAGGCUUUCAGAUAGCAUUGUAUGGAUAAUUUGCCGUCCACCACCGGAUACUCGGAGGUCAGAUCGGGCUUGUAGAAAUCGUAACAGUGCGUAAAGUAGGAGGAACGUACCCCUCUGUCGAUCACCAAGGGAGCGUUCGGUCCGAUCAGCAUCGCUACGGCUCCGGCCCCUCCGGUGGGUCGAGCGGAGCCUUUGGCGUACACCGCUAUGUCGGCGGCGACUGCCAGGGCGUACCGGCCGUCCCACGACGAGGAUUCCACCCAGUUCAAGGAGUUGACGAGGGCCGCGGUGCCCCCGUAACACGCGUUCGUCGUGUCGAUGCCUUCUAGAUCGGUCACCCCGUAUGACUCGAAGAGUUGGGUCAGCACGGAUUUGACGCUCUUGGAUUUGUCGAGGAUGGUUUCGGUGCCUACCUCGAGGCGGCCUACCUCGCGGGGGUCGAUUUUGUAGUUUUCCAGCAGUCGCUGGACCACCGUGAGGCAGAAGGAAUUUAUGUCCUCUCUGUCGGUGCAGAAGCCCAUCUUCUGCUGGCCCAGGCCGAUGGUGUAUUUGCCGCUGGAGACGCCGUCGUGCGCCUCGAGGUCCGUUUGGUCCACGUACAUCGAGGGCACGUAGAGUUCCAGGGCUAGAAUGCCGACGUCUUUCGGCCAGGAAUCCAUUGUGAACCGCACCACAGUAUUUGCUAUAUCGUCUGACUCACGUUAACUGGAACUCGCUAAUAUUUACUUUACUGACUGCAUUGCUUUUUGGAAUUCUCGUUAAAUAAUUUCACUGUACCACCACUCUCUGGACAUCUCCAAUUAAAAUUUAAACAUCCUUCCCAAUUCCCAUCGAACCAUCCUCCAAUAGUUAACCUCAAU